CCCUGGCUCAUUUGGAGUGCGGACCUUCCUCUUCCUCCUCCUCCUCCUUCUCCUCCUCCUUCUCCUCCUCAGGCUCCAUCACUUCGGCUGUCUGUGAGCAAUCAGGUCCAAAGUAAACCAGGACCGACAGGACACCAGACCUCUUCACAUUCUUCGUCCCUUUGUUUGUGUGAUAUAUCAGUCAUUUCUUUUGGACACUUGUCUGGAAUUGAACGGUCCAUUCAUGCUCUGCUGAGACAGACAAGGAGUGAAAAUGAAGAGAAGGCUGUGUUUGGCAGCAUCUGCUUUCAUAGCAGUGGCAAUAGUGUCGUGUGUGAGGGCUCAGAAUGAAGUGAUGCCACCAUCAGAUUUGAGAUUUAAAAUAUUAAAUGAGCACACAGUAGAAAUGACAUGGAAAUUGCCCCGGUCAAGAAUAGAGGGCUUCAGAAUACAAGUGUCAUCAGGUACAGACGAGCCUGUGAAAGAGUUUACACUUCCUGCCUCUGCGAAAAAGACCUCGAUCAAAGACUUAACCACUGAUGUAGAAUAUGAAGUUUCGAUAUCUGCAUAUACUGGAUCACAAGAGAGUAUACCCCUCUCCGGUCAGAUAACAAUUCAAUCAAAGGGGUCUGAAGGAGGUCCAAGAAGACCACAAGUUUCAGAUUCAGUCAAAUGCUCAGCAGUUGCAGAUCUGGUCUUCCUGGUGGAUGGUUCCUGGAAUGUAGGGCAGGAGAAUUUCAAGCAUGUCCGAAGCUUCGUAUCGGCUAUGGCUGGAGCUUUUGACAUUGCAGAGGACAAGAGCAGAGUGGCUGUGGUUCAGUAUAGCACAGAUGCAAGGACUGAAUUUACACUAAAUCAGUAUCUGAGACGGCCUGAUCUUCUCCGUGCCAUCAACAACAUGCACUACAAAGGAGGAGACAUCAUGACAGGUGGUGCCUUGGACUACCUGUCGAAAAACGUUUUCACCGAAAGCGCUGGUGCCAGAAAUGGAUUUCCCAGAGUGGCUGUUGUCAUCACAGGGGGGCGAUCGCGAGACUCUGUUAGAGACUUUGCUAAAAAACUUAGAAACAACGGCGUCGAGGUCUUCACCCUGGGCAUCAACGAGGCAGAGGAAGAGGAGCUGAAACAAAUGGCAUCCACACCAUAUAGCACUCACGUGCAUACCGUGUCUAGCUUUGAGUUGAUUAAGACCGUGCAGAAAGAGCUCAUUGCACAAGUGUGUUCUGGAGUCGAGGACCAGGUGAACUCAUUGGCUAGUGGCGAGGAAGUGGUCGAACCCGCCUCAAACCUGCAGGUCAAGGAGGUGGCAUCCAAAUCAAUGAGGAUGACGUGGGAUGCCUCUGUGGGUGAAGUAACUGGCUAUAAAAUACAGAUGGUGCCUAUGAUGGCAGGAAGCAAGAGGCAGGAGCUUUACGUCAGUUCCACUCAGACCAGUGUGAAUGUGAGGGACCUUUCUCCAGACACUGAGUAUGAAAUUAGCUUAUUCGCCCUGAAAGGAUUAACACCCAGUGAGCCAGUCAUUACCAUGCAGAAGACCGAACCUCUCAAAAUAUCACUGGAAUGUUCCCUUGGAAGGGAUGUUCAGGCUGAUGUUGUCCUUCUGGUCGAUGGGUCGUACAGUAUAGGGUUGGCAAACUUUGCAAAAGUGAGAGCUUUUCUGGAGUACCUGGUCAAUUCCUUUGACAUUGGUCCACAAAAGGUCCAAAUCAGUCUUGUGCAGUACAGCAGGGAUCCACACACUGAGUUUUACCUGAACACACACCACAAUCUGGAUUCAGUGAUUAAAGCGGUGAAAAGCUUUCCAUACAGGGGAGGUUCCACUAAUACUGGCAAAGCCAUGACCUAUGUUAGAGAGAAGAUCUUCAUUUCCAAUCGAGGUGCUCGUGCUAAUGUACCUCGCGUGACGAUCCUCAUCACGGAUGGCAAGUCUUCGGAUGCCUUUAAAGAUCCUGCAACAAGGCUUAGGAACAGCGAUGUGGAAAUCUUUGCUGUUGGAGUGAAAGAUGCCGUGAGGUCAGAGCUGGAAGCCAUUGCAAAUCUGCCUGCAGAAACCCAUGUGUACACUGUGGAGGACUUUGAUGCGUUCGAGAGGAUCUCCAAAGAACUGACCCAAUCCAUUUGCUUGCGCAUUGAGCAGGAACUUCUAAAUAUCAAACAGAAAAGUUUGGUAUCACCUAAGUCCCUGAGAUUUUCCGAAAUAAGCUCCAGAAGUUUCCGGACCACGUGGGCCUGUGAUGCUACAGAUGUCGAGUCCUACCUAGUCAAGUACAAACCAGCUGCAGAUCCUAAUGCAGAUUAUGUCUCCGUCUCAGUACCAGGAGAUACCACCACUGCUAUGUUGGUCCACCUCACACCCCUUACCAAAUAUGAAGUCAAUGUUUUAGCCCAAUAUGACAAAGGAGACAGUAUACCUCUCACUGACUUUGAGACUACAUUGGAAGAGCAAGGAACUGUACGCAACCUCCGUGUUUCUGAGGAGACCACCGAGAGUUUCCGUGUGUCAUGGACUCCGGCUCCAGGAGCUGUGGUGAGAUACAGGCUGACCUAUGUUCCAGUCAGAGGUGACAGUGCCACAAUGGAGACCUUUACACAGGGCCCUGAGACCAAUAUCAUCCUCCAACAACUUCUCCCACUCACCACUUACAGAGUGAGCGUGGCAGCAGAGUACUCAUCAGGUGUCGGGGAGCAAAGACAAAUUGAUGGCACAACUAAAGAGGAGCUUGGCUCUCCACGAAACCUGCGGGUUUUUGAUGAGGGAAUAUCGUCAAUGCAAGUGGAGUGGGAGCCAGCGCCUGGUCGGGUGCAGCAGUAUGUCGUGUCCUAUCAGCCAACUGAGGGUGGAGAGACAAAAGAAUUUUCAGUAAAAACACCAUCAACUAUGCUCAAAAACUUGCAGUCUGGCACAGAGUAUCAGAUUACUGUCCGAGCUCGUUACUCCUCUGGUCUUGGCCAACCGUUGGAGGGCACUGGCACCACUUAUGAGGAACUUGGCUCACCCAGAGACCUGAUAACUAGCGAUGUGACUGAUUCAAGCUUCAUGGUGUCAUGGUCAGCCGCUCCAGGCCGUGUCAGGCAGUACCGUGUCCGCUGGAUGUCGCAGUUUAGUGACGAAUCAGGGGAGAAAUCCGUGCCUGGAGAUGUAACAAGCACUCUGUUGGAGGGAUUAAGCCCUGAAACGCGGUAUCAAGUGUCUGUUUUUGCUGCUUACGGCAUUGGGGAGGGCGAGCCUCUGGUGGGAGAGGAGACCACUGAUGCUUCAGCUGCUGCUAAGGAAUUAACCGUGUCUGACGAGACGGAGAGGACAAUGAGAGUGAAAUGGCAGGCGGCUCCAGGCCGGGUGCUGAGCUACAGAAUUACAUAUACGCCCCAGUAUGGUGGAAGACAGCUAAUUGUGAAAGUGCCAUACAACACGACAUCCACCAUGCUGAAGAAGCUGCAGCCCAAGACCACAUACGACAUCACUGUUCACCCCAUUUACAGGCGCGGAGAAGGCAAAGCAAGGCAAGGAGUAGGAACCACACUGUCACCUUACAAAGCGCCAAGAAACCUGCAGACCUCUGAACCGACCAAAACGAGUUUUCGUGUGACUUGGGAACCAGCACCUGGCGAUGUGCGUGGCUACAAAGUCACGUUUCACCCAAGUGAUAACGAGGUGAAUCUCGGAGAGCUGCUUGUGGGACCAUAUGACAACACAGUUGUCCUAGAAGAGCUCAGAGCAGGAACGAAGUACUCAGUAGCCGUGUUUGGAAUGUUUGAUGGGGGGCAGAGUUUGCCUUUGGCUGGAGAGGAGAAAACAACACUUACUGAUCCACCUGAAUCCCCGGUCAUGGACCCUCCUGAUACCAAGUGUAAAACCACGGCCAAAGCAGAUAUAGUUCUGCUUGUGGACGGCUCCUGGAGCAUUGGACGUUUGAACUUCAAGACCAUUCGGACUUUUAUUAAUCGCAUGGUGGGCGUUUUCGACAUCGGACCAGACAAGGUCCAGAUUGGUUUGGCUCAGUACAGUGGAGACCCCAGGACAGAGUGGAACCUUAAUACUCAUCGUACUCGAGACAGUCUCUUGAAUGCUGUGAAUGAACUGCCAUAUAAAGGCGGAAACACUAUGACGGGUCUGGCUUUGAACUACAUCUUGCGGAAUAACUUUAAACCCGAAGUGGGCCUCAGGCCUGACUCUCGUAAGAUCGGUGUCCUCAUUACUGAUGGCAAGUCACAGGAUGACAUUAUUGCUAGCUCCCAGAACCUGAAGACCGAAAACAUUGAGCUUUACGCCAUUGGUGUAAAGAAUGCUGAUGAGAAUGAGUUGAGGUCAAUUGCCUCUGACCCAGAUGAUAUCCACAUGUACAACGUUAAUGACUUCUCGUUCCUGCUGGACAUCGUUGAUGACCUCUCAGGAAAUCUCUGUAAUAGUGUCAAAGGACCAGGAGGAGGAGGUCCAGGGACUCCCACUGAUCUAGAGACAUCAGAGGUGACUCACUAUACCUUCCGUGCAACUUGGAUGCCCCCUGAUGAACCUGUGGAGAGAUUCCGGAUUGAAUAUGUUCCUCUGGCUGGAGGCAAGACUGAAGUGCUGUAUGUAGAUGGUGAGGAGAACACUCUUGUGCUGACCAACCUGACCCCUGACACAGAAUAUGCAGUGAGUGUGUUCUCCAUUAUUGGUGAGGAGAGCAGUGAACCCCUCAAAGGCACUGAAACCACCUUGCCCCUGGAUGCUGUAAAGAGCAUGACGGUUUAUGAUGAAGAUAUAACCAGCAUGAGAGUGAGAUGGGAGACGGUAGUAGGCGCUAGUGGCUACAUGCUCAAGUACAGUGCCAUUAACGCCACUGUGAACACUGAGGAGAAAGAGAUGCGAUUUGGGGAAAAUGUGAACGAUGUCCAGCUGCUGGAGCUGAUUCCUAAUACGGCCUAUGCUUUAACCCUGUUUGCGCUACAUGGGGAAGCCGCCAGCGCUCCCCUCAUCGACCAGGGAGUCACUUUACCACUCCCUCCUUCUGGCAAUCUGCAAAUUAACGAUGUGACCCACAGUUCCAUGCGUCUGAACUGGGAUGCAGCUCCAGGAAGGGAAAAGUAUGUCAUCACCUACAAGCCUGAAGGUGGAGAGAUAGCUGAGACUGAGGUCCCUGGUGAUAUCACUACUCUGGAUCUCAAUAACCUACGCUCUCAAACUGAGUAUGAUGUUACUGUGACUCCUGUGUAUGAUGCAGGAAAAGGAAGCAAAAUGACUGGUAGCGCGAUCACAGAUGUGGUGCCAGCCCCAAAGAACCUGAGGUUCUCUGAGGUGACACAGACCUCAUUUAGAGCCACUUGGGAACAUGGAGCCCCGGAUGUCUCCCUCUACCGCAUUGGGUGGGUUAAGAAAGGCGGGACAGAUUUCGAAACUACUAUACUGAGCAGCGAGGAGACGUCUCAUGUUCUCACCAACUUAGACCCAGACACUCCGUAUGAUGUUACCGUCACAGCCAUCUACCCUGACGAGUCUGAGAGUGAAGACCUGAUUGGCAACCAACGUACAUUGUCAAAGAUCAUUAUGCCUGCUCCCAAUGGACCGCCACAGAAUUUGCAAGUUUUUAAUGCUACUACCACCUCUCUGACUGUGAAGUGGGACCACGCUCCUGGCCCUGUUCAGAACUACAAGAUUGACUAUCAGCCAGUGGCUGGUGGAAAAACUUUGUCUACUCAGGUUGGAGGAAAGAAGAACAGUGUUAUUCUUCAGAAGCUGACUCCUGACACGGCAUAUUCCAUCACUGUAACGGCUGUGUACCGCACAGGAGAGCCCAAAGACAUUUCUGGGCAAGGAAAGACAAAACCAUUAGGUGGGGUGCGAAACCUCCAGGUCCUAAACCCAACCAUGACCACACUGAAUGUACGCUGGGAGCCAGCUGAAGGAAAAGUAAAGGAGUACAAAGUUAUAUAUGUUCCUGCAGCCGGUGGAACUGAAGCUAUGGAACAGGUAUCAGGUACAACUACCAAUACGGUUCUGAGAGGCCUGCAGCCAGACACUCUGUACACUGUCACUGUGUACCCGGUUUAUGCUGAGGGUGAUGGCAGUAGGAUGUCAGAAAAUGGAAAGACAAGGGCCCUUGGAGGAGUGAAGAAUUUGAGGGUCACUGACCCCACCAUGACCUCCCUCAAUGUCAAGUGGGAACCUGCUGAUGGGGUAGUACGCCAGUACAAAAUCUUCUAUGUCCCUGCAGCUGGAGGCACCGAGGAUAUGGAACAAGUUCCUGCAGGAACAACCAACAUUGUACUGAGGAACCUUCAGCCAGACACUCCUUACACUGUGUCAGUUUUGCCAGUAUAUCCAGCUACAGAGGGUCGCCGCCAGUCUGAGAAUGGAAAGACCUUGCCUCUUGGUGGUGUUAGGGGUCUCCGUAUCACUGAUGCCACCUUCACCACACUGACAGCGAACUGGGAUGCUGCUGACGGGAAUGUUCAAGGCUACAAAGUCAUCUACAUGCCCACAGAUGGAGGCCCUGAGCUUGUGGAACAAGUAUCUGAGAGCACCACUUCUUUUGUGAUGAAAAGCCUUAAACCCAACACUCUAUACACGGUCACUGUGGUGCCUGUUUAUGCUGAAGGAGACGGACCACAGCUCUCUGAUAAGGGCAGAACAAAACCUCUGGGUACUGUGAGGAACCUGCAGGUUACAGAUCCAACUAUAAAUACACUCAACGUUCGCUGGCAACCCGCUGAAGGCAGCGUCAGAGAGUACAUUGUCAUUUAUACCCCUGAAGCUGGUGGUGAUCAAGAAGUGGAACAGGUCCCUGGGACUACCACCUCCACCAUUCUGAAGAAUCUGCAGCCUGACACGACGUACACUGUUACUCUGGUACCUGUUUACCAUGAGAUGGAAGGGAAACCCCUUUCAGAAAAUGGAAAGACAAAACCACUGGGUGGAGUUCGGAACCUGCAGGUAACUGACCCAACUGCAAGCACACUGAAUGUACGCUGGGAGCAUGCAGAUGGAAAUCCUCGCCACUACAAGGUUUUCUAUGUAACACAACCAGGAACAGAGGAGAAAAUGGAUCAAGUUUCUGGUAGCACUACCUCCACUGUUCUCCGUAACCUAGAUCCCAACACGGUCUACAAGGUUACAUUAUUGCCUAUUUAUGAACAAGACGUGGAGGGUAAACGCCAGUCUGAGAAUGGAAAGACAAAGCCUCUGGGUGCAGUGAAGAACCUUCAGGUGACAGAUCCUACUGUUAACUCUUUAAGGGUGCGUUGGGACCCAGCUGAUGGUGAUGUUCGUCAAUACAAUGUCUAUCACGUGCCUACUGCUGGAGGUCCUGAAAGCAUGACUCAGGUGUCUGGAGUUUCGACUAACACAGUUCUCAGGAACCUACAGCCUAACACAGAGUACACAGUCAAUGUGGUGCCAGUGUAUUCCGAUAUGGAGGGGAAGAGACAGUCAGAGAAAGGAAAGACAAAACCUUUGGGUGGAGUGAAGAACUUGCAGGUAACUGAACCAACUACCAGCUCCCUGAGAGUGCGCUGGGAGCCCGCUGAAGGAAAUGUGCGCCAGUACCGGCUCUUCUAUGUCCCUGCUACGGGAGGCGCUGAGGAUAUGGAGCAAGUAUCUGGAGGAACCACGAACACAGUACUAAGGAAUCUUCUAUCAGAUACACUCUACACUAUAACUGUGGCUCCUGUGUAUCCUGAAGGAGAAGGCCUUCGGCAGUCAGAGAAGGGAAAGACACUUCCUCGUACUCCACCAAGGAACAUCCAGGUUUACCGUCCCACACCCAACAGCCUCAAUGUCCGGUGGGAACCAGCCUCAGGCCAGGUGCAGCAGUACCGUGUAGAGUAUGUGCCGCUUACUGGAGCCCGACCUUCUGAAUUUGUCUUGGUUCCAGGAAACAUCAACAAUGCAUUCCUGGACCAGCUCGUCUCUGACACACCAUACUCUGUCAGUGUCUCGGCAGUGUAUGCCGAUGGAAACGGACCACCGGUCAAAGGAAACGGAAAAACACUGCCACGUGCUGGGCCGAGAAACCUUCGUGUGUUUGACGCCACCACAAGCACACUGAGUAUUGGUUGGGACCAUGCUGAAGGACCUGUAAUGCAGUACAAAAUCUCAUAUGCGCCAAUGACAGGAGACCCCAUCACUGAGUUUACUGCUGUUCCUGGAAACAGAAACAUUGCCAUCCUCCAAAAUCUGCUGCCUGAUACUCCUUACAACAUCACGGUACAGGCAAUCUAUGCUGAUGGACAAGGAGGUUCUUUAGUCGGAAAUGGAAAUACACUUGGCCUACUGGAGCCCCGAAACCUUCGUGUGUCAGAUGAAUGGUACACCCGUUUCCGUGUAGCCUGGGACCCUGCUCCAGCCCCAGUGCUCGGAUAUAAACUCGUCUAUCAACCCACAGACAGGGACGAGACACUGGAGGUGUUUGUUGGCGAUGUAACCUCAUACACUCUUCACAACCUGCUACCUGGUACAAAUUAUGAUGUCAAAGUGUUUGCUCAGUAUGACUCUGGUGUGAGCGGGGCGCUCACUGGACAAGGAACAACACUCUACCUCAAUGUGACCAACCUGGAAACAUACAAUGUCGGCUACGACCAGUUCUGCGUCAAGUGGACACCUCACAGAGGCGCAACUUCUUACAGGAUCAAGCUGAAUCCUCUGGAUUCAUCUGCUAAAGGUCAGCAGGAGAUCACCAUCACAGCUGGACAAAGUCACUACUGCUUUGAUGGCUUGAGUCCUGAUUCUUUGUAUAAUGCUACUGUGUUUGUACAAACUCCCAAUCUGGAGGGACCUGGAGUCAGUGCCAAAGAGCGCACAUUGACAAAGCCAACGCCAGUGCCAACUCUUCCUCCUACUCCUCCUCCUCCACCAACCAUUCCUCCUGGUUGGGCAGUCUGCAAAGGUGCCAAGGCAGAUGUUGUGUUCGUCAUCGAUGGCUCAUGGAGUAUCGGCGAAGAUAGCUUCCACAAAGUACGACAGUUUAUCUUCAGUAUCAUGGGAGCUUUCGAUGUCAUCGGUCCAUCAGGAAUGCAGGUUGGUUUUGUACAGUUCAGUGACGAUGCCAGGACCGAGUUCAGACUGAAUACUUACAGUGACAAGGGCAGUGCUCUGUCAGCGCUGCAGCUCAUCCGCUACAAAGGAGGAAACACGAAGACAGGCAUGGCUCUGAAAUAUGUGCACGACAAAGUGGUCACUUCAGACACUGGAAUGAGGAGGAAUGUCCCGAAGGUGCUGGUGGCUGUAACUGAUGGACGGUCUCAGGAUGAAGUGCAGAAAAAUGCUGCCAAGCUGCAACAUGCUGGCUACAGUGUGUUUGUGGUUGGAGUGGCUGACGUGGACUACGCUGAGCUUCAGAACAUCGGCAGCAAGCCAAGCGAACGCCACGUUUUUGUUGUUGACGACUUUGAUGCCUUUGCCACCAUACAAGACAAUCUGGUCACCUUCAUCUGUGAGACUGCGUCUUCCUCUUGCCCUCUGAUUUACGUGAAUGGAUUCACAUCUCCAGGUUUCCGAAUGCUUGAGGCAUUCAAUUUAACUGAUAAGACAUACGCUUCGGUUAAGGGUGUAUCAAUGGAGCCAGGCUCCUUCAACAGCUACACAGCCUACAGGCUCCAUAAAGAUGCCUUCAUCAGUCAGCCUACAGUAGAAAUCCAUCCAAAUGGUCUCCCCACAUCCUACACCAUUAUUCUGAUGUUCCGGAUUCUUCCAGACACGCCCAAUCAGGCUUUUGAUAUUUGGCAAGUGUCUGAUAAGAACCACAAGCCUGAGGUCGGCAUCACUAUUGACCCCUCCAAACAGACCGUAUCAUUUUAUAACAAGGACACACGAGGAGAGAUUCAGAAGGCCACAUUUGACAGUCCACAGCUGAAGAAAAUAUUCCAUGGAAGCUUCCACAAGCUCCACAUCAUGGUCUCACCGAACAGCGUCAAAUUGAACCUGGACUGCCAGCAGGUGGCUGAAAAGGAAAUUAAGGAAGCUGGAAAUACAUCAACAGAUGGCUAUCAGGUGCUGGGCAAAAUGUCCAAAUCGAUUGGUUCCAAAGGGGAAUCAGCAACAUUCCAGCUCCAGAUGUUCGAUAUAAUCUGUAGACUCGGAUGGACCAGCCGGGACAGAUGUUGUGACCUUCCUUCGAUGAGAGACGAGGCCAAGUGUCCAUCUCUUCCUAACGCCUGCACAUGCACGUCGGACAGCACUGGGCCUCCCGGACCGCAGGGACCCGUGGGAGCACCUGGUAGCAAAGGUCCCCGAGGUGAAAGAGGAGAAAAUGGACCUGUCGGUCCAGUUGGACCUCGUGGAGAUAUGGGUCCACAAGGCCCAAUGGGUCUUCCAGGACCUCAGGGCCCCAGUGGGCUCUCCAUUCCAGGAGAAGCUGGGCGUCCAGGACCGAAAGGAGAUCCUGGUGAUGCUGGACUACCAGGGCAGAAAGGUCUACCUGGACCAGCUGGUCCUGUCGGUCCUAUGGGAAUCGCUGGAGUAAGGGGACCUCCAGGAAAAGAAGGAUCAGCUGGACCCAGAGGCCCUCAGGGACCAAUGGGAGCACCUGGAUCUCCUGGAAUGCCUGGUCCAACUGGAAAACCUGGCAAGACUGGUGAAAACGGUAUUCCUGGACACAUUGGAAUGAAGGGAGACAAGGGGGAGAGAGGUGACCUCGCCUCUCAAGGGAUGAUGCGUUCCAUUGCCAGACAAGUCUGUGAACAUUUAGUCAACAGUCAGAUGAGCCGAGUCAAUGACUUGCUGAACCAGAUCCCCAGUGACAUGCGCAGUAACAGCCCUGGACCUGCAGGCCCUCCUGGGUCACCUGGUAUUCAAGGGCCUCGUGGAGAACCUGGCCGGAUUGGACAAAAUGGUUUUCCAGGAAGGCCAGGACAGCCUGGACAGCAGGGAGAAAGAGGUCCAGCUGGCGAGAAGGGUGACAGAGGAAGUCCGGGAAUUGGAGAGAGAGGACAACGAGGCCCGCCUGGACCACCUGGAUCACCAGGUGAAUCUAGACAAGGACCUCCAGGCCCCACCGGUUCCCAAGGUGCUCGUGGUCCACCUGGUCGUAACGGUAUUGCAGGGGCUCGAGGACCACCAGGCCCUCCAGGCUACUGCGAUUCCUCUCAGUGUGUGGGAAUCCCAUAUAACGGCCAACAGUACAGAGGUUCGUAAGCAUUCUAAAGCGUCUGUGCUGCUUUCACUCUGAAAUCAUGAGUGAGUCCUGAUUGAGCUUUGUCCUAUGAGGAUAAUCACCAAGAAAACGAUUAAUGAACACUAUAGAAAGCAAUAUAAAGCUACAAACACACACAACAGUAAUAAAUAACGGACUGGUACUAACAAGAGUUUGCCGCAACUUUAACCACCAACACAACGGGUGAUGGCAGCAAUGCAGUGGCCUGUUUACAAUCUUGAAGCCGAACGGCAAACAGGCGGGUGGAGGAGCAUGAUCCAAAAUCACACAAAAUCAACACCACCAACACCUACUAACCCAGAGGAUUUAUAGCCAAGACUACCGAUUCUAUCGAUUAGCCUAACUCUUUUUGUUUUUUUCCUUUAAAAAAAAGAAAAAAUCUGUAAAUAAACUAAUUGUGCCUUGUAAAUUACCCCAAAUUUACUAAAAAUUCAUUUUAACACCAGCUUGUGCCUUGUAUUCUGCUGUUCGCUGAAUGCCAAUAUGAUUGCCUCUUUAUUAAAUGUUAUUUUAUUUUAUUUUAAAAUGAUGAUGUGCCAUACGUCAUAUACUCUUUGACUUUGCUCAGGGCCGAUUUAUACCCCGUGCCUUUUUUAAAACGUGACCCUGGAGGUGUUAAUUUUUAAAAGAAAGAUAUUUGUGUACUUGGUAACAAAGAAAGUCUCCUUCUCUGUCAUUAAGCUUUAAACUGAUAUUCCUUAUCCACCUCCUCAGCUGUGUUACCAUGUCUCAUGUCACACACUUAAAUCUUCCAUUAUACUUGAUGUUGAAAAUAUUCCCAUGACUUCAUUGCUCCCAUUUCUACGUCUCAUCAAACAUGAGCGGAAAAAAAUUGAAAAAUGACCCCAUUUUAUUGUUUUCUCGAUCAGUCCCAAUUGUCCUUUAUUUUUCCAACCCUUAUUUUUGCUCCGAUUUUAGUUUCAUGGCUAUAGCAUUACAACACAAUGCUCUUGUUGACUUGAAGUGUACCAUUACAUAUUGCUCAACUGGGCAAAAUGAUAUUUCCAAGCAGAAGCGGUUUCUCGCGAUCCCGAGCCCCAUGAAUUCCAAAUACCUGAAGAAGACUUUGAGCUUUCACCCAGCGUGCGACGCAAGAGAUCGCUGUCCCGAAGACAAUUCAAAUGGACGACAUCAUAAAAAAUAUAUGUUCUUUCCAUAAAAUGUAAAGUUUUAUUUUGCCAUUCAAAGUUGCUUUCACAUAUGCCACCAAUAAGGUCUGUGAACUUGAUAUGACAAGAGCUCUCUUUGCAUUUUUCCCUUUAACUACUCCCCUUAUGCGCUUGUAAAUUGUCUGCUCCGUUAUGCUAAAUCACAGCAUGUACUAGAAUUGCUGGCGAAAAACAGUUACACGUUCUACUUCCUGCCGUCAUGAUCGUAGAACACAGCAAGCAUACAAACCCACACGUCAGUCAUUCAAGUUAUCUGCCUUCAUAACCCAAAAAUGGGUUUUAUCAUCAUCAUCAUCAUCAUCAUCAUCAUCAUCAUCAGCGUAAACAUCAUCAUCCACAGUAACACAUGGCCUCCAUCGCAUUAUCCUGAAUAUUUAUCAGUUUCGUUUUUUUUAGCAAAUGUUUUACCAAAAGUGGAAUUGCAUGUCUGUCAUGUAUAUUUAGGAAGUUUAUUUGUUUCUUUUAUUUUUUUUCCUUAUUCCUUUUUUUUCUUUUAAUCAGAAUAUAGUUGUUCUUAUUGUUGUGUUAUCAGUAUCAAACGCAGUUGGCAUUUGUGUGCAAGACUAUGGAUAUAGUAUUGCUGCUUGAUGUUUGUAACUGCAAAUUGUGAAUUCCAUAGCCUUAUUUUUCUUAUUUAUUUCUGAAACAGAGGAGGCAUUUUUCAAUAAAACUACUGAAAAUAUAAAA